GAGAGUGAGCAGAGGAAGGGUGGGAGUGUAACAGGCACUCCUGUCUGCGGGGAAACAGAGGAGGGUUUUUACUGUAGAGCUGAGCUGCUGGGUUUAUAAGAGGAGGAACAUUUAGAAACAGGCAGAGGUGAAGGAGAAACUGCAGGAGGAGGAUCUGAAGGAGGACUCUGAUCUGCUCUGAGGUGAGUUUCCUCAAAGUUUUGGUCAUUUUGCGUAAACUCAGGAGAUGCAAUUCAGUCAAGUCUAAUUAGAGUUUAAACCUGUGAAGAAAGCCUUUUAUUUCUGUAAAGUCAAAUUUCAGUCACCUGCUGACUUUUCAAACUUUAAAAAACCUGAAUAAUAUUCUUAAUUAGCAGAAAAUCCUCAUUGUUUCAGGUUCUAAGUCUCAUCAGUGUCAUCAGAGUCUCUGGGACAUCUGAGCGAACAUAGCUGGACUGAGGUCAUGGAGCUGUUAUUUCUAUCUACUCACGCACACACACAAACACACACUCUGCGAUGCACGCACACAUCACUGUAUUUGGUCCAACAUCUGUGUUAGCUCAGACUUGGUCUUCAGUUCAGGCUCCAAAAACAGUGACAGAAAAACAGACAGAAAGGAAACAGGACAGAUUCAACAGCAGCACCGUUAAAAUAGAGUCUAAUAAUCAUGUAAAUAUGAGAAAACAGCUUUUGAAGUUAAAUUUUUCUGCGUUUAUGUCUGGAAAAAACUGUCAUGUCUGCAGAGAACAGUGUAGAACUGCAGAGAGAGAACAGCUAAAAAAUAUAACAUACAAAAGAGUAUCCAGAUACUAAGCUUUGAUAUGAAUAAUGAAAAUGAUUUUAGAAUUUAAUUUGUUAGGUUCACCAAGGAUUUUCUACAUGAACAGGAAUAAUAUUAUAAAUUCACAAAGUAAAUAACGGAGAAUAAACUAGAAUUACAAAUUAGAAAUCCAAGAUAUGAUCAGAAUUAUAAAUCGAAAUCACUAGAAUAAACUCUUCAAUUUAGGCGAAAAAACUGUUAACUGUUGUUGAAAAGAGACAAAAACUUCCCAGAUGAAAGUUUUAAAUUUAAGUUGCUAAAAGUCUUUAUGUACAAAAAUAAACUUUAAAUGUAAUUUAGGAAUUAAUUUAUGAUAGUCACUUUUGUAAGAACGUUGCAAAAUGUCUUGAAUUCAAAAUAUUGGGGUGUGCAGAUGGCUGAGCGGGACCAUGGUCCCCACAGUGGUCAUGGGUUCGAGUCCUGCCCUGACCAUGUGCUGCAUGUACUCCCCCUCUCUCUCUGUCUCCCCACAUUUCACCUUGUCCUAUCACUUAUAGGCAGAAGUCACCCUAAAAAAAAUCGAACCAUUAGAAUCAUAAAUACAUGAGAAUGAAGCUGUAAAUUUCAUCUGUCAACUCAAACAUAAAAACAAAUUCAUGAGGAAGUUUAAAUUUAUGUCAAAAUAGAAACAAAUUUUUAGAAAUAAAUAAAAAAGUUUAAGUUUAAAUCUGUACAUUUGUGAGAUUCAUAAUUGGCUGAAAAAGUAAAGACAUAUAAUAAAAGUCACAUCAUCGUUUUAAUAGAUCCACUAUAACUGUCAUUAAGUUUGGGACAAAGUUAUGGUGUAUUAUUUAGAUUUACAGGUUUAUUCUUUAAUGUCUGAUUUGUUUCUUCUAUGUCUAAAUGACCUUCACUCCUGACGUCAGCUCUGUCAGAGCUUUUUGAAAACUGAUGUUAUUUUCAGACAUUUUCCCUCCAUAGAGGUUUUUGUUCUCUCUGUCUGGUCCUAGUCUGAUGUUUGACUAAAGGACUCUCUUUCUCUGCUCUGUAGAUCAAGAUUUUAUGAAGUCUCAGUUUAAACGUCCUCCUGACUUCAGGAGAAAGUUUUAGACCUGAUGAUGAUCACAUGACUCUUAGAUAUGUCACGUCACCUGAUCUCAGCAGGUGUUGGACUGACUCACCAACUUUCUCUGACCUCCUAUCAGCUCUUUAUCUGUUCCCUUUAUCUGUCCCUCUGACAGACAUAUUUGUUUAUGCGUCAAAUAUAUUCAAAUGACCUACAGUAAUAAUUUCCACAGAGAGUGUGAGCACAAAAAAGAUUUUCACCUGACUUUACCUGAAGUUUUUUAUGCAUAACUCACAAUAGACCAGUGGUUCUCAGGUCCAGUCCUCGAGGCCCACUGUCCUGUAUGUUUUGGAUGUUUCCCUGCUCCAACACACCUGAUUCAAAUGAUCAGCUCGUUAUUAAGCCAUUACAGAGCUUGAUAACGAGCUGAUCAUUUGAAUCAGGUGUGUUGGAGCAGGGAAACAUCCAGAACAUGCAGGACAGUGGGCCUCGAGGACUUGAUAUAAGAACCACUGCAAUAGACCAACACAGACUGUGGCUGUUCCUUCAAAAAAGGAUUAAAAUUUAUAUUGAUCUAAAUAUGAGCUCAUCUUCAGAGAGAGAGAGACACGAAGAAGAAGGAGCAGCUGUUAGAGAGCUAGCUUUAGCAUCCCUCUGAGAGAAGAUCAGACUUGAUUAAAAAUUUAUUGAAUUAAAAACAACUUGAUCACUGAUCAACUCAACAUUUAGACCUUACAGCUGUUCUUUCACUAAGUUUACUUUUGAUCAACAGGAAGUAGCUGAUACUACAAAAUAAAAGCACAGUUUGACAGCAAUGUGCUUUGAUGCUCCGCUCUCGUCUUGAAAUUGUUAUUUUUUGGACCAUGAUAACCGUGAGGUGAGACUCUGAUAUUGUAACUGCUGACUGUGAACGCAGCAGGUAAAGUCUGGAAAAUUCAUGGACAGAAAUACUUCAGUUUGACAGACUGUAACCCUGAAGGUGGGGCCUUUAAACCCCGGGGGCCCUGUUCAGGUAUCCUGUAAACAUCACACAUUGGCUGCUAAGACUACACUGAAUUUUUCUGGAAUUUUUCAGAGUGUAUGAUUCCAAAUGUCUUGGAUGAACUUGACCAAUGGAGGCAGAUAGCUGUCCACCUGCAGUCUGGUUCACUUGGAGGUCUCUGCCUGUGAAAAGGAAGUUCUUAUGCUUGAUUCAGGGGUUUGUCAGACCCUGAUCUCCAUGUCAAGUUUCAGUUAAGGCCAGUUAGAUCUAAACUGAUGAACAAGGUAUUGCUCCGAGUCAGGUGUGUUUUAUGCAGAAUCUAAUUCUUAAUGCUUUACCAGUGGAAGUUCAUUUGAUGGUUUUGUGUGGCAGGAACCAAACCCUGAAUGUCCACAUGAAUAAACCCUGUUGUAAACUCAGAGGGAGGAUGGGGAGGAAGUGUCUGCUGUGCAAUAAAGUUUACAACAGAGUUUAUUUGUGUUAUCUGGGGAAACAUAAAAAAAACAAAAAAAACAAAGAGGAAGUCCCAAAAAAAUGGCAGUUCCUCUCCUGUCCACCAGUGGUUGUCUCCUACAGUGAGCAAAGUCCCUAUGGAGCUCCAUAUUAAACUUUACCAGAGGAACAAACUUGUUUACAGGCUGGCACAGACUCAGUUUGGACUCCUCUCUGUCCUUUUUAUUCAUUGAACAUUAUUACAUUUUUUUCAGUCUUGCAGAAAUAAAAAUAUUUAUGACCUGAUAUUUAAAAACCUUCUGAUGUGUUUGUGUCCUCAGAUGGAGAUCUACACGGUGACGGUGGCCACAGGGACGUCAGAUUAUUCUGGCACUAACAACUACAUAUAUGUGACGCUGGUGGGGGAGAAAGGGGAGAGUGAGCGCACCCUGCUGGAUAACCCCGGACUGGACUUCUGUAAAGGAGCUGUGAGUACUGACACUGUUUGAGCUGAGCCAAAAGCCCAAUUCAUUUUUACUGAGAUCAGAACAGAACCAGAACUAACCUAGAUGCUGGGUUUUUAAAUCUUAAUGUGGUCUCUGUUCCACAUUUUCAGAUCUGUAAUCCAAACACUCGGAUCACUAAUCCACUCUGCCCCACUUUGGAAAUCCACAGGCACAAAAUACAAACCUGAUCCACCGACUACAAAUCUGUCCCUACAUAUUACUCCUCUGUAAACCCAGGUUUUGGUUCACAAUCAGACCCCGAGCUGUUUGUUCCACUUUAAACCAGCCCUGGUCUGAUACCUCAGGCAGUCUGGUUCAUUUAGAUCUCAAACUCUGGUUCAGACCAAACAGGUAAACUCUGGUGUUUGGUCUGUGGUGAGAAUCAGGCUGACAAACUCAUAAAACCAAAGACAGGAAGUGGCAUAACCAGCAGCGCAUCCUGGGUCAACAUGAUGAUGGUUCUUCUUCCUCUUUGCAGACUCAUUGGUCUUGCAUAAAGAUCAACAUCCCAACAGCUCCCUGCCUGGCCCCCCGCUCAAAUUGGACCCUGCUCCUCAUACACUGUUAUUAUAUGAACCCUACAAAAAAAGAAGAAAUCUAGUACUCUGUUUUCUCCUCUGACCCAUAAACCCAGUGUGAUCCUCUGCCUCAUCAGUGCUGGUCUGGGAUGAGAUCUCCAUGAAGCUGGUUUGGUUAGUUUGACUGAGAGCACAGUUCAAAUCAAACCAAACCACAUUUCUGUUCACCCUCAUGUCAAACUGAGUCCUGACUUGUCAUGUGAACAAAAAAAAAUCCUUAAACGUACCACACAGGUGACAAAUGGUGCACACAACCUGCUGUGUGGGCCUGAUGGUCCCACUCAGCCCAGGAAUGAGGAAAUGACAUUCUGAGCUGGCCUCAUACCGGAGUACAAACAAAGAGAAAACCAGAGGACAAAGUCUGCAGAGAGAAAGAUCAGAGAUUAAAGAUCUGAACCGCUGCAGAUUCAAACACACUCUUUAUACAGAGCCUUUAUACAGUAUUUAUGCAGACCGAGUGAGCAACAUGUUAUUUAAUGAUGCGCUUAAAGCAAGAGGUUGCUGAAGUCUGGUCUCUCUGUAUUAAAUGUAAGUUUUGCUCGAUAUAUUUUUUUUUAAUUUUAAUGUUUUUUUGUUGGCUGCUGAUGGAUACUUCUGCUGGGCGAAGAGUUUAAUCAAGAAGAGAAAGCAAAUCUAGACAACGACAUCCAAUCCCAGAGGACAUCAGGAGGUGUUAUCUUGGUUGCCGUGCUGGUGCAAAGGUAAAGGCAAAGCUGAAUGCUAGGAGGUGGAGACAUAAACCCUUUCUUCCAUCAAUCAUCAUGGGAAACGUCAAUCCAACAAAAGCGAUGAGCUGGAGAUAUUGGGGAAGACUGAGAAAGCAGACUGUGAGUGGUUGAAUCAAACCUGGUUGAAUCAAAACAACUCGAAAUCCAGUGUGGAUCUACCUGGUUUCACUCUCAUAAGGUCAGACAGAGAUGCUCAAGCUAGUGGCAAGAAGAAGGGAGGAGAUCUGGCUUUAUUCAUUAACCAGAAAUGGUGUAACUCUUUACGCAUAACUCUCAAGGAGAAGUUGUGUUUUCAAGAUGUUGAACUGUUGGCAGUAACUCUUGGGCCAUAUUUUGUUCCAAGGGAGUUCAGUCAUAUCAUAAAAAUAUUUGUUUACAUCCCACCCAAAUCAACUGCAGAAAUUCCAAGUAACCUUUUGCACAAUAGUGUUGCUAGGCUACAGACUCAACACCCCGAGGCACUAAUAAUAAUAUCGGGAGACUUCAACUAUGUCACCCUCUCUUCUCACCUGACUGGAUUCACACAGUUUGUGAACUGUCCUACCAGAGAAAACAAAACCCUGGAUCUGCUGUAUGCCAAUGUCAAAGAAGCCUACAGAGCCACUGCCUUACCACCACUGAUGGACACCUCAAGCCAGUGAAGCUCUAAGGGACUGUUAUAAAGCAACAGACUGGAAUGUGCUGCUGGAAACAGGUGUGGAUAGUAUGAACUUUACUGAAUAUGUCAACUUCUGUAGAAACACAGUUAUACCCACAAAAACUGUUUGCUGUUUCCCCAACAACAAACCCCGGAUCACAAGAGACAUAUAAGCAAUCCUCAACCAGAAAAAGACAAAAGUGCAACAAGAGUUGAAGAGGAGACUAAAGAUGGCAAAGCUUAAAUACAAAAAGAAGAUAGAGAAGAAUCUACAACACAGCAACAUUCAUGAAGUGUGGAGAGGAAUCAGUACCAUCUCUGGACACAGCAAUAAAAUGAAAAGACAGCCAGUGGUGGGUGAUGUAGAAAGAGCAGAUGAACUCAGCCUGUUCUUCAACAGAUUUGACACUGCUGACGUACUGACUUCCACUGCUACUCCACCUUCCUCUCUGCAACAAAUCUCCAAUACAACCUUUCCCUUUCCUCCUUCAUCUCGUUAAAAUGUCCUAAUUGCUUCAACUACCUCCCUCCUAGAACAUCAGCCAGUAUCAAACACAAAACUGCAAGGCGUCUGAACAAACUGAUUAAAAAGGCUGGCUCUUUGGUUGGUAUAAGUUGGACUCAGUGAAGGAUGUGGUGGAGAAAUGUACACUAAGGAAGGUGGAGCCUAUUCUAAAGAAGAUGGAUCACCCACUUCACAACACCUUGAUGGACCAAAGGGCCAAUGGUGGUGGACGGCUCCUCUCUCUUUGUUGCAGCCAUCAGACUUCAUAAUUCUUCUUCUUCUUCUUCUUCUUCUUCUUCUUCUCCUUCUCCUUCUCCUUCUCAGCCACACUCAUGAACAGUGGGCUGUCAUGUCUUUGCUCAGUCCAGAUGUAAGAAGGACUGUGAUUGGUUCUCUGUGACCGUUAGCUUUUCUGUAGGCUUUAUUAAGUCCUCCUUAUCAGGCAGCCAAACCAGCCCAGCCCUGUCCUCUGAGCAGAUCCAGCUCCUACCUGAUACCUGAGCUCCCCACCCCCCUCACCUGAGCCCAGAUUUAUGCAGAAAACACACAUUCCUAUCUCUGUUAUCUGGGCUUCUUUCUGUGUUUUUGCCCACAGGCUGUGACCAUAGGUGAGAGCUGGAAUGUUAACAGGUAGAUGAUAUCUGGAGGUGAGAGGAAAUGUUAGAGCUGCAGAUAGAUUGAUGUGGCGUCAGCAGGACUGAAGAGGCCCCCCUCCUCCAGGUUACCUGAAGCCUCCUCACUUGAAGGAGUCUCUCACAGCUCCUUACCUCCUUAACUCACCUCUCUCUCUCAAUCUCUCUGUCUCGCCAUCAGGUGGACCAGUACAAAGUGAGCAGCCCUGCACCUCUGGGCCCCCUGUCACUGGUCAGACUGGAGAAACAGAGGUACUGGGUGGAGGAUAACUGGUUCUGUCGCUAUGUCAAAGUGGAGCCACCAGGAGGAGACAAAACGCUGACCUUCCCGUGUUACCGCUGGUUAAUAGGAGACGUAAAGCUGGAGAUCAGAGAGGGAACAGGUAGGACUGGCUCCUCCAGGUGGGCUGUACAGGUAGACAUCAGGGCAGCAGCUCUGGUGUGUUAGGAAGGAUGACCUCCAGACUCUGACUCAGUUUGAGUCAUUAAGGUUUAAACCAAGUUAGUCAAAAGAUUAUCUUCAGGGUUACCAUCCUCUGUUCUGACCCGUCAGCUGAUCUGAUUGAAAGUGAAGGUUCUGGAUCACUUUGAUAUAGAAUAACAGGAUUAGGGCCUGUUUCCACUAACAGAGUUUUGUGUUGGUAGCCCUUAUUUUCUGUCGAGGUGGAUGUUUGUCCCUGUAAUGAACAGUUUGCUAUCUGACACCUGUCCAGGAAGUCUGUGUCUUCUUCUGUAACUUUGUUUGUUCACAGUCAGCAGACUAUUAAUACAGGUCUGUGGUUAAUCUCAUUUUCAUACUGAUGCUGUCACUGUGACAGCGGUGUAAAGAUGUUUUUUCUCGAUAGCAUAUGGAUGUAAAUGAGUGGUGAAGAGGUCUUUAUCUACAGACGGAUCAGGUUUAUUGUCACAUCAGGUGUAAACAGAGCUUUGUCUUAACACGUCCUUGUGUUCUGCAGCAAAAACUCUGAAAGACGAUGUCUCACCUCUGCAGCUGGCUCACAGGAAGGCCGAGCUUGAAGAGAGGAAGUCGACCUACAGGUCAAACACACUAACACACUAACACACUAACACACACAGACACUUUGUGGUUUACACGAGUCUGUGUUUGUGUGUUAGUAAUUGUGUCUCACUGUGUCUCUGUUGUUCAGGUGGGUGACCUGGGCUCCAGGGAUCCCCAGGUGCAUUGAUGCUAAAACAGAAGCAGAUUUACCCCAAGACGUCCGCUUUGACAAUGAGAAGAGGAGCGACUUUGAAUACUCCUUACACUACGCGUACGAGCUACACACUAACACAGAUAAACACACAAACACUAUCACAAAGAUUUGAUUACUUCUUUGGAUUUGAGGUUGUCAAAUGCUCCUCACAAUAUCUCAAAAACCUGACCCCUGUGUGCCUUCAGUCUGAUGGAGCUGUCUCUUAAGAAGCUGGCCAUCAGGUUUGGAAAGUCCUGGAAUGACCUUGAGGAUUUCAGGAGGAUCUUCUGGAAGCUGAGGAGUCCCAUAGCUGGUAGGAAACUACAGACUUCUCACUCCUUGGAAACCUUGCUGAGGAAAAUGUUCCAGAGAAAGGCUGCUGAGUCCUAACUUUAUUUUGUCCUGGUCCUCCUGGAUAAAUUCAUGUCAUUAUGAUGGUUUAAUAUCUAUCUGGGUUGAACACUGACUCUGCUGUGUAAACAUCUGUGGUUGUUUCAGAGUACUGCAUGGAGCACUGGAAAGAGGACUGGUUCUUUGGGUACCAGUGUAUGAAUGGCUGUAACCCCAGGAUGAUCUACAGGUGUCAAAAACUUCCAGAGAACUUCCCCGUCACAGCAGACAUGGUUCAGAGCUCCAUGGCUCCACGGACACACCUGGACAGAGAACUGAAGGUGAGAAGGUCUUUUUAAAGAUCUGCACAUGUUAGAUUAUAUUAAACUUUCUCUGCUGUCCUCUCAGGCAGGUAACAUCUACCUGUUGGAUUACGCCGUCACAGACGGGAUUCCCACCAACACCAUCAGAGGUAGACCUCAGUUCAUUGCCGCUCCCCUCUGCCUCCUGUACCAGCACCCAGACCAGGGACUCAUACCCAUCGCUAUACAGGUGACUCAGUUACACUAUCACACCUAUAUCUACACCUGUUCACUCCCACAGAGACGUCUUUGGUACUAAAUAAACUGUAUUUGACUGGUAGAGUCUAAGAGUUGAAAGAAAUUCUGUGAUUUUAGACAUCAUUUUAAAUGUUUUAGUCAACUCAAAAUUCAACAGAAAUCAGGAGAGGUUAAUUUAAAAAUGUAUAGAAACACUUAAAUUACACAUUUGUAAAACAAAAAUUAUUAAGUGUCAAAAUAUUGUGGAUAACUGCACAAAUAUUGUGAACAUGUCAGUCUAGAAAGUAUAUCUGAGGAUUAAAUGUAAAUUAAAAGAAUGAUAAACAUAACAUAAGUUUUUUAAAAAUCUUAAAUCAGGAGAAAAUUUAAAAUAUAUCUUAAGCGUUAAUAAUAAUAAUAAUAAUAAUAAUAAUAAUAAUAAUAAUUAUUAUUAUUAUUAUUAUUGUUGUUGUUGUUGUUGUUGUUGUUAUUAUUAUUACCAUAACAACAUCAACAACAGUAGUAAUAUAAAUAAUAUUAAUAAUAGCAACUUCAGUAAUAAUAAUUCUAAUAAUAAUUCCAAUAAUAAUAAUAAUAAUUAUUAUGAUAAUUAUAAUAAUAAUAACAACAACAAUCACAACAACAAAAUAACUACAAUAACAACAAUAAAAAUAAAAAAUAAGAACAGUCAUAACAACAACAACAACAAUAAUAAUUACAAUAACAUUAAUGAUAAUAAUGAUGAUAAUAAUAAUGAAAAUAAUAAUAAUAAUAAUAAUAAUAAUAAUAAUAAUAAUAAUAAUAAUAAUAAUAAUAGUAAUUAUAACUUUAUUUAUAUUUCUAAAACUUAAGCUAAAGGUGGUUUCACGUGUGUUUUUAUGUGUAUACAGUGUAAUAGUCAGUCUGGUGGUUUUAUAGCAGGUCGUUAAUAGUGCCCCCUCCUCUUGCUUAGCUGGAGCAGACCCCUGGUUUGGACACGCCCAUUUUUCUGCCCAAGGACCCGCCCCUCUCCUGGCUGCUGGCUAAGAUGUGGGUGCGCCACUCAGAGUUCCAGGUGUUCCAGCUGCUGUCUCACUUAUUGAGGACUCACCUGGUCAUUGAGGUGUUUUGUGUGGCCACUCUGAGGCAGCUGCCUGCUGUUCACCCUAUAUUCAAGGUGAGUUAACGCCAACAGAGAGCAACAGCAGUACCCUGAAUGUCCACUAGAGGCUGCAGUGAGUCAGUCCCCAUCCAGCCUCAUAAUAAAGUGUUUAGAUUGACAGACAACAGAAACUUCAGUUCUUUAAAUGACCUCUGAGCAUGACCUUGAAACUGUUUUCAUGAACAUGAUGUUUAAACUCUACAGCAGAGAAAUCCUAAAUACCCGGGUCAGUGAAGGUAUCACCACAUCCAACAGACACUCGAAUGCAGCAUCAUCACCGACGUUCCUUCAACCCUUUUUUUCUGUCCUUCUGUUUCAGCUGCUGGCUCCUCAUCUGCGCUACACCUUAGAGAUAAACUGUAGGGGGCGCACUCAGCUCAUCUCUGCCAACGGCAUCUUCAAACGGGUCAGUUCCACACACCACUGUAACUCUGCUUCCUCUCACUGUGUGCACUCUAUGACACUCUGUGUAUGUGUCAUCUCAGGUGGUGUCCACAGGUGGGGACGGUCUGGUGGUUCUGGCUCAGAGGGAGUAUAAGGUUCUGACGUAUCGCUCGCUGCAGCCUCAGUACGACUUUAUAGACAGAGGAGUCACACAGCUGGACAAAUAUCACUACAGAGAACACACAAUGCUGCUGUGGGACGCCAUCCACAGGUACACACACACCAAAGAUUUUACCACAGUGUCAACAGGCAGAGGGACACUGAGGUUUUCAUUCUGUCCUGUCUCUGUCUGUCUGUGGUCCACAGGUUCGUCUCUAGUGUGGUCCACCUGUUCUACCUGUUAGAUAAGGAUGUUCAGGAGGACCUGGAGCUUCAAGCCUGGAUCAGAGACGUCACACAGGAGGGAUUCGCAGCACUCCCAAAAUUUGGUCAGUUCUCAAUCAUCCUCAGAGGUAGUAGUUCACAGGUAUAGGUGUGAAGCUCAGGUGUAGAUCUGUUAGGGAAGUGUGUCCUUCAAGACGCUCCACUGAUCCAAACCAUCUCAGCGUUCAUAUUUCAUCAUAUGAUCUCCUCAGGAGGAAAAGUUCAGAUUUAUAACACUCUGCAGAAGCUCGUGGGGUAAAAGGCUGAAUAUUCUACUCUGUUCUCUGACACGUAAACAAUCAGCCGGUCAGCCAUGUUGAAUAUACCGGUGAAUAAGAUGCCGCAACAACACGCAUUCUGAUUGGUCAGAAGUGGACACACAGUAUGCGAAACUUAAGAAAAGUUGACCGUGAUCCGAAAACAAAACAAAACGCAAUAUCGCAGGAUGGGAAAACUUCGCUGAUGUGAACGCUUGUAUUGACAGGAUAUAGCUUCGAGAAAAAAUAUUGACAUCCGAAAUAAUCGCGCAAAAAAAACGGUCCCAGUGUGAAAGGACCUUAAGUCAGUUUUUAAGAUUUAUUCUUAAAUUUAAAAAAAAAAAAAGUAUCUCUGAACAUAAAAAUCGAUUUUAAAAUUGUAAAACAAAAAUCGCGAUACUUAUGUGAAUUGGUUUUUCCUCCCACCCCUAGAAUAUUUACUCUGCAGGUUUAUACCAGACUGACUCAUGAACUCUGAUUCCUCCAUGCUCAGAUGCUGCUGUGAGAGGGGCAGAAGAAAAAUUAAGACCAGGAAACAGAAAACAAUAAGAAUAACUUUAACUUUAUUUAUUUCUGAAGGGACAUUCAAUAAAAUAAAGCAAUGAGUCUUGUAAAAACACUAUCUGCUCAGUUUAAAUCCGAUGUUUACAGAAAGUAGUUCCAGGUUCUUGUUUCUCAUCGUGUGUCCUCAGCUCUUCUUUCAGCUCUUUGUAGACCUUGGUUAACCCAGGAGACUCUCCUCUUUAGAGGGGAAGCUGUGUCGUCCAUGACUUCCAAAAAGAGUGUUUGUGUUUCUGGAUCCUGUUUCUGUCUGGUUUCCUCUUUUAUGGUUCAGUCUAAACAUCAUUUGUGGAUGCAGUGAUGACUUUGUUCAUAGACAAAGGUUUUUAAAGUGAUUCUGAGUUCAUGCAGUGAUUUCCACUCCAGAGUCCUGUCGGUUUUUAAUGCAGUGCUGCUUGAGGGUCUGAAAAACAGGACCAUCCACUCUUGGUUUUGGUCCUUGUGCCUUUUCUGUAGACUCUUUGAUAGUGGAUCUGUGUUUGUAACGGCUUUUGUUGGGUUCAGGUCUGAGCAGUAAACUGAGCACCCGGGACGAGCUCUGCACGCUGCUGUCAGUCAUCAUCUUCACCAGCACGGCUCAACACGCCGCUACCAACAACGGGCAGGUGAGCACACACACCUUCACAUACCUGCUUCAAACACAGUGCUUUAUUUCCCACCUAUGACCUGAGCCUUUAUUUUGACAGUCUGGCUGAGAGGGAGACUUUUAUUUUGAAGAGAAUCUGAAACAGGUGAAGGUGUUUGUUGUUGUUCCUAAAGUUUGACUGGUGCGCCUGGGUCCCCAACACCCCCUGCACCAUGAGACAUCCCCCACCAACAGACAAGGAUGCUGUUACCAUGGAGAUGGUCAUGGACACCCUCCCUGACGUGAGCCAGUCCUGCGUGCAAAUGGCGAUCACCUGGCACCUGGGCCGAGCCCAGCCAGAUGCUGUGAGUCUGCGGUCUGUCUGAUCCCCAUCUAACACAUCGUUUCCUGAUGUCUCCUCACUUUCCUGUCCCCUUCCUCUUCCUCCCGCAGAUCCCUCUGGGUCAGUACACUGAGGAGUACUUCACUGAGGGGCGGGUUCAGGAUUUGAUUGACAGGUUCAGGGCAGAGCUGAAGGAGAUCGAGGAGCACAUCCUGAGUGAGAACGAGGGGGAGGAGCUAAAGUAUCUGUACCUGCUGCCUAGCAACAUCGAGAACAGCAUCACCAUAUGAACACACACACACACACACUCAUUUCAAAUCUAAAUCAGAUUAUAAUCUCGAUGAAGCAAACUGAACUUUUCUGUGUAACUCUGAUUUAUUUGCAUUCCUUUGACUUUGAGCUGUUUUGACCGUAGAUGUUUCCUUCAGGAUCAGCUGGAGCUAUAUGUCAUUCAGAGUGUGUGUGUGUGUGUUUGUGUGAUUCAGAGUGAGUGUGCAAACAUAUUCAGUCAGUGCUGAUAAAAACAUACUGCAGAGUCUUGAAUAAACAGAUUAACUGGGUUAUAAUCCAUCUUUUAACGAUGAUAGAUUCAAUAGAGUGAUGGAUUAAAUCUGAGAUAAUUUAGUGAAGUUCUUUCUUUCCUUUCGAGCUCAUAUUCAGGACUUUUUUAUGUAUCAACAUUGAGUGAGGUGAAAACCGAGUCAGGUGAGUUUGAGGUUGAUGAGUAAACUGUAAAUAAAUGUAUUUUUUGUUUCUUAAACUUCAGUUUUUGUUAAUAAAUAAUCCAAAACAGUU